GCUUGGCAUCGACGUACCAGAGACAGGGUCAGUGGGAGGAGGCCGAGCAGCUAGGUUUGCAGGUGAUGAAGUCUCGCAAGGCAAAGCUCGGCGAGCAUCACCCCGACACGCUGUCGAGUAUGGCUAGCUUGGCAUCGACGUACCAGAGACAGGGUCAGUGG